CUGGGGUUGAGGCGAUUCGAUGCGGUUUGUUAAUAUGCAGAUUUGCAUUCUGUAUCUUUUGUAUUUUGGAUGCAUAAAAAUAAUUUAGUUUGCCUUGCUGCGAUGUAAAACACAGGAGCUCCGGAGUCUCCUCUCUGUACGGAGCACCCAGUUCUGUCCUUGGUGCCACUCCGAGGUCCAUCCACCCCUUCUUAUGAAAUGGAAAAUCCUGAAGUGGCUGUGAGCAGCUGCAGUGCUCAUGAUGAGGAAAACCUUUGCAGCUACAAACGACACUCAUCAGUAUCACAGGAGGGGAUUUUGGAAGACCAGCUUAGAAGGAAGUUAAAAUUUUUCUUCAUGAACCCAUGUGAGAAAUUUUGGGCCCGCGGCAGAAAGCCUUGGAAACUUGGGAUUCAGUUACUCAAAAUAGUAAUGGUUACAGUUCAGCUGGUGGUUUUUGGAUUGAGCAAUCAAAUGGUGGUUGCCUUCAAAGAAGAGAACACUGUUGCAUUCAAACAUCUGUUCUUGAAAGGAUAUAUGGACAGAAUGGAUGAUACCUAUGCUGUAUACACACAAACAGAUGUUUAUGACCAGAUAUUCUUUGCAAUAAACCAGUACCUCCAGCUGCCCAACAUCUCUGUUGGAAAUCAUGCUUAUGAGAAGAGGGGAGCAGAAGAGACGCCUCUGGCUGUUUGUCAGCAGUUCUACAAGCGAGGAAUCAUCUGUCCUGGAAACGACACCUUUGAUAUAGACCCAGAGAUUGUGACUGACUGCUUGUACAUUGAGCCAACGACUUCAUUAGACAACACAACAAUGGGAAAGCACAAUUUGAAUUUCACUCUGGAUUUCCCCAGGCUGGUGGCAGUGCAGCUCAUGUUCAAUCUGAAGGCAAUCAACCUCCAGACCGUUCGUCACCACGAGCUCCCUGACUGUUACGAUUUCACUCUGCGGAUUGUGUUUGAUAAUAAAGCACACAGUGGAAGAAUUAAAAUAAGUCUAGACAAUGACAUAGCGAUCAGGGAAUGUAAAGACUGGCAUGUUUCUGGAUCAAUACAGAAGAAUACUCAUUACAUGAUGAUCUUCGAUGCUUUUGUCAUAUUGACUUGUCUGGCUUCAUUGAUCCUUUGCACACGAUCAGUGAUUAAAGGAAUUUGGCUCCAAAGGGAAUUUGUAAGCUUUUUCCUAUAUUAUUAUAAGAAAGAAGUGUCUUUCAGUGAUCAAAUGGAGUUUGUCAAUGGAUGGUACAUCCUGAUUAUGGUUAGCGAUGUCCUAACUAUUGUUGGAUCAACUUUAAAGAUGGAGAUACAAGCUAAGAGUCUGACAAGUUAUGAUGUCUGCAGCAUCCUCUUAGGAAUAUCUACCAUGCUUGUGUGGCUUGGAGUCAUUCGCUACCUAGGUUUCUUUCAGAAGUAUAAUCUUCUUAUCCUAACACUGCGAGCAGCAUUACCCAACGUAAUGAGGUUCUGCUGUUGUGCUGCUAUGAUCUACCUGGGCUAUUGUUUCUGUGGAUGGAUUGUACUGGGACCAUACCAUGUGAAGUUUCGCACUCUGAACAUGGUUUCUGAAUGCCUUUUUUCAUUGAUCAAUGGAGAUGACAUGUUUGCCACCUUUGCACAGAUGCAGCAGAAAAGUUACUUGGUUUGGUUAUUCAGUAGGAUCUACCUCUACUCCUUCAUCAGUCUGUUCAUCUAUAUGGUGCUGAGUCUCUUCAUUGCACUCAUUACAGAUACGUAUGAAACAGUCAAGCACUACCAGCAAGAUGGCUUUCCUGAGACAGAACUUAAGAGAUUUAUAUCACAGUGCAAAGACUCACCAAACUCUGGGAGGUACAGGUUAGAGGAGGAAAGUUCUGCAUCUCUCUUCUGUUGUUGUAAUGGUUGUAGUGAACGUAUUUAAUGGAUUGUGGGAGCAUAUCAUGGAGGCUUUAAAGCAGCACACAUUGCAAGAACUGGACAAUGGAUCUGGUGGAAAACUUUAUCUCUGAAGACUUAAUUGCUUUUCUCAAAAAACAGGCCUGUGGCAGAAAUUUAUGCUAAAAUUACAGAUUUUUUUUAUUAGACAUUCACUGCUAGUUCAGAGGGCUUGGGGUUGGUUUUUAUUAGUUUUAUUCUAUUUGUUUCCUCAGUUAAAUUGUGCUAGAAUGCAAAGGGCAUAAAAACCUGUCUGUGUUCAGACUUGCCUAGAUUAUAAGAGUAGAAUAUAGAUGUAAUAACUUUCAACAAUAAGUAGAACUAGUGCUGGACAACUUCGGCUUUGAGCACCAACCUAGCCCUCAGUACUGCAGACAUUAUCUGUCUGUGGCUGACCUGUUACUGAAUGAAUGGAAGCUCACUAGAGCCCUCAGCAUUUUUUUGUUUGUUUGCACUCACAGUAAAAAUAAAUACUAUGAAAUUUGGUGUAAUGUGUUUCUGGAGUCAUUACAGUGAAUUGAUAUGCAAGCCAUUCAAACAUAGCUGAAAGCAUAAAAUAAAUAUUUCUUUAAACACAAGUACCACUGUAUGUAAGUGACAAUCUAUUCUCAGAGAGCUGGGAUAUGCCAGGCUGAACUGAAGUUUGAAGGAUGAGCUGAGUGGAUAAACAUUCUCAUGUAUCAAGCACUGAGCAGGGUCAGUUACAGUCUUCAGCUUAACAGUGUUUGGAUCUUACGUUUUUAAAGGAAAAAUCACACAAAAACCUUUGCAAAAUACCUAUUUUUUAAAAAUUUGAAAUUUUCCUCUGGCAUACAAGUCUGUAAACCUGAAGUCUAAACUAAGUUAAAGACAGAAGAGAUAUGUCUCUGAGAGUCUUAUCUCUCCACACUUUAGAAACUGGAUGUUUCCUAGCAACUUAAUAAUCUGCUACUGUCAGUGGCUGGCUAAAACAUUAGCUCUUGUAAAAGUUCAGUUCUGACAACUUAGUUUAUAUUCUUUGUUGAUUGUGAUAAUAUUUAAUGGAUGCCUUCUUUUCUAUAUUCAUUCUGGGAGCAGAAUAGAAAACUAAAGGGAAGCAUAUUUUAGAGAGCUUGCAUUUGUGAGCAACAGUGCUGUAGCUCU